UGUUCCAAAACUUGAGAAGGCCAUUGAUGAGGAGAGAGAUGUCACCCACUCUCUGCUGAUGCGUCUCACGGAGAAAGCGAUACUUGAUCCGACGAAAGCCGGUGUGAAGCUGAAGCCAGAGUGUGUUGACAUAUGCUACCCUCCUAUAUUUCAAAGUGGAGGACAUACCUAGUAGAUGCAACUAAUCUCCAGAGCAAGGCUUAUGAAGUUCUUCUCAAGGCACAUGAGGCUGCUAUUAAUGCUAUGAGGCCAGGAAGAAAGUUAAGCAGUGUCUAUCAAGCUGCACUUUCCGUGGUUGAAAAGGAAGCCCCUGAGUUGGUUGACAAGCUGACUAAAUCUGCUGGGACUGGUAUCGGUCUUGAGUUCCGGGAAUCGGGGUUAAACAUCAAUGCAAGGAAUGAUAAAGUGUUGAGACCACAGAUGGCGUUUAAUGUCUCACUUGGUUUCCAGAACAUGGAAUGUGAGAGCAAGAAGAAGACAUUCUCUCUUUUUCUGGCCGACACUGUUAUUGUUAAAGAAGAGGAUCCUGAGAUUUUGACAGGCAAGUGCUCCAAACUUGUUACAGAUGUGAGUUACGACAAAGAAGAGAAGCCCCGGAAGAAGGCAAGGAGGACCAGCGGUCCUGAGAGCUACUUCAUCAACAAGACAUCGCUUAGAUCGCCUAAUAAUAAUGAAGUGGUCUCGAAAGAUGAGCUGGGGAUGCGGAAGCAGCACCAGGCAGAGCUUGCACGCCGGAAGAAUGAAGAAACUGUCAGAAGGCUUGCUGGUGACGGCAGCUCCGGUUCUACUGCAAAGACUUCAGCUGAUUCGGUUGCCUACAAGAACGUUGACGAUGUGCCUCAACCUCGUUUUAUGAUGAUGAUCCAGGUUGAUCAGAAGAAGGAGGCUGUAUUGUUACCCAUCUAUGGUGGCAUUGUUUCAUUCCAUGUGUCGACGAUAAGAAGAGUCUCGAACCAGCAGGAUAGCAUCCGUAUUAUUUUCAGUGUCCCGGGUACAACUUUGAAAAACCAGGGUGCUAUAUACCUUAAAGAGGUUUCGUUCCGGUCCAAGGAUUCAAAGCGUAGCAGUGAAGUGGUUCAGGCGAUUAAGACCCUUAGACGGCAAGUCAAAGCCCGAGAGUCUGAAAGAAUGGAAAGGGGGACGCUGGUGAACCAGGAGAAGCUUCAGCUUGCAGGAAACAAGUUCAGACCCCUCAGGCUGUCUGGUCUGUGGAUCCGCCCGCAGUUUAGUGGUAGGAAGAGGGUUCCUGGGGCACUCGAAGCUCAUGCCAAUGGUUUCAGAUACUCAACGACUAGGCCUAAUGAGAGGGUGGAUGUCCUGUUUGCAAACAUAAAACAUGCGUUUCUCCAGCCGGCUGAGAAGGAGAUGCUCACUAUACUGCAUUUCCACUUGCACAACCACAUCAUGGUGGGAAACAAGAAGACAAAGGACGUCCAGUUUUGCGUGGAGGUGAUGGAUGCUGUGCGGUCUCUAGGCGGUGGUGGAAGGAGAUCAUCAUCAUCAUCGGCCUAUGAGUAUGACCCAGACGAGAUUCAUGAAGAGCAGAGGGAGCGCGAUAGGAAAAACAAGAUCAACGUGGAUUUCAAUCAUUUCGCAACACGUGUCAGUGCUCUUGAGUUUGAACAACCGUUGAGAGAGCUUGGUUUCUCUGGCGUCACGGACAAGGCACGUGUUUUCAUCGUCCCGACAUCGAGCUGUUUGGUUAUGCUCACCGAAGCCCCGUUUUUGGUGGUUAGUCUGAGUGAGGUUGAGAUUGUGAAUCUCGAGAGAGUCGUGUUCGGGAACACGAGCUUCGACAUGGCCAUAGUCUUCAAGGACUUCAAGAAAGUCCUCAAGAUCAACGCAAUCGACACAACUUCUCUAGAAGGGAUAAAGAAGUGGCUUGACGCUAUCGAUAUUAAGUACUACGAGAGCAAAGCGAAUCUCAUGAGAACGAUCCUCAAGAGAAUCACGGAUGAUCCUCAGGGCUUUAUAGACGAUGGAGGUUGGGAGUUUGAACUUGGAAGAAGCGAUUCAGAACCUGAGGAGUCAGACCAAGGAUAUGAGCCACCAGAUGCAGAGGAUGAGUCUGAGUCGGAGGAUGAGGAUUCUGAGAGCGAGUCAGAGGACCAAGAAGAAGAAGAAGAGGACUACUGAAGAAGAGAAAUGUAAGAGACUUGGGGACGAUUAUCAGUUCGAUUCCUAUA